AUGCCUUCAGAGCCAUAUAGGCCGCCCGGCGGUGACGAUUCAUCGACUUCCCCGGGCAGCAAGGACGCGCACCCGCCCGCAGCAGACACCACAACAACACAACGGCCGGUUCAGGAUAGCAAUGACAUGUCGGAAGUUUCACGUUCAACUGGUCGGUUCCAAGGACAGGCGAUGACUCAAGUUCCCAAACUGCUCCCUACCUUGCCUGCGUACUCUGCAUCUUCAUCGACCUGCAAUUCUACUGUCUCCUCCCGUGAAUCUUCUCCGGUCCGGACAUCCUCACGGAAGAACAAUCCCGGAUCGACCACUUCUACAUUGUCUCACACCCGUAAACCCAGCCAGGACCGCCUCUCUCCUGGUCGAGCUUCGAGCACCUCCCACUCUGCAACCCGUAUCCCGCCGCCUCCACCCAGCCAGCGUGCUUCUUCUUCACCUGUGCCGACUUCAAAUCCGCAAUCUCUCCUCCCCUCCCCCGCCUUCUCCGAACAAUCAACCAAUGUUCCCAAUACCGACAAACACAACAUCUCAUCCUGGGCGGGGAACCGACGUCCGGAGCAGGAUCCGUCCGCUUCGAAUAUCUCACACAAACGAGCGUCCCCCUCGCCGGUGGAAGAGUCGGGUAAGGCUGACCGUAGCAGCCACCGGCCAGCUGCAAGGGGCAUGAGUGGGCAAGGACUCUCUUUGGAGACGGUGCAAGAGAUGGCCAGUGAUCCAUCCACUCCGUCUAGCGAGACCGAUGUGAAGCCCACGACCCCGGAGGACGCCCGAUUACACACGAUUGAUGAGGAUACCACACCGCGGGCCUUUAAACACAAUCCAGAGAGUGGUAGCGAUUCUGGUGGCCAGUCAAGUAUCAAAGAGGAUAAGACGCCGGUCCCCGCUACAGGCACGGUGAAGAUGCCCCGCACAAUCAUACCGCAGCGUUCGUCGGCAUCUCUAAGUGCCAAUGCACGGGCCAAGCCUGCUGAUGGUUCCGUCCGAAAUAUGAUUGUCGAGACGGAAACGGUGACCUCGAUCCCGCAAGUCUCGCUAGGUGUGGUUCCCGGCGAGCGAGGAGGGACAAUUCGUGCCGACCCGGGAACCCUGCGUAUGAAGCCCUCCACAGAGACUAUACGACCACGCAAAGAAAAGAAGAAGACUCGCCGGUCCAAUCAUUUGACCAAUGGCCCGGGCACCAGCAAGGCUGAUAUCUUUGAAGCCAAGGUAGCUAGCGCUGUGGACGAAGCCGACGUGUCUGACUCUGAUGAGACUUUUGUGUACGAGUCAAAUCCUCCGGAUCCUUAUCCGUCUCGUCAGACACGAUACCACUCCAGGACGCCGAGCGCGACAUCGAUGGCGAGUCAGGUGGACCAACUGGCCGGUCGAGCCCGUGGGGCCAUGCGCGACGGUGCGCACAGCGUGACUGGCAAACGCAGCAUGAAAUUCACCAACAAUACAUACAACAGCAGUCUAGAUGGCGAAGUUCAGGAUGCAGAUGGCAGCCGAACAGGUAGCCGAGUCGAUGGCAGCGGUACCGUAACCCCUCGCCAUCACCAUGUGGGACGCCAUGGACGCAACGGUGUAUAUCCCUCCCUGUUUGAUGGGGAUGGGCCUUUCCCCCAGCCGCAAGGCUCGAUGAAGUCACCUCGCCAUUUUCUUGGCAGUGGAUAUCGCCAUUCCCGCAACAGCAACACGCGCUCUUCUCCAAAUUAUAAAGGUCCCGGCGGCAAGAGGACCAGCGAUGUAUAUGAUUUUGAUGCCGAAGGUGCCGAUGAUGAACGAACGCCCCUUGUGGGGACUACACGAACCUCUCGCAGUCGCCACGGACGUCGCCCCGGCAGUGCCAGUCUUAGGCAGAUGGAAUACAUGGCUCAGCGCGAAAGGGGCUGCCUUUCACGAUAUGGGUCGUGCGUCAUCUUUUUGCUGGUCAUGCUCAUCAUCGCUGGUGGCGCUGCCUCAUUCAUAGCUGCGGCCACGAAGACCCUGGUCGAUGUUCAGAUCCUCGAAAUUCAAAAUGUUUUGGCCUCGGAGCAAGAAAUAAUGCUCGACUUACUGGUCGAAGCUGUGAAUCCCAACAUCUUUCCAGUGACAAUAGAGGAUACCGAUCUCAACCUCUUUGCCAAGAGCCGACAUGUGGGUACAGAUAAUUCAUGGACAAGCAACGCCCCCGCCAUGGUCAACGACCAAACUCCACGCGUCAAGCAGAGUCGACAGCGAUGGUAUCUCUCACAGCUGGUCAAGUGCUUGGGUCGCACUGACUGUGUUGAGCAAGCCAUGGAUCGCUAUUCUAAGCCACACACUGGUGAUGGUGUUGACAAGGGCACGGAUCCCAUAAAUGACCCCGAGAGCGAUUCGCAAACCAUGCUUUUGGGACGUGUUUACCAUUUUGACUCACCGCUCUCUUUCGAGGCGUCUCCCUGGGGGCGUAUGUUGUCAGUCUCAAAGGGCCAAAUUCGACUCGCUCGGCCUGGCAAUAAGACGGAGGCAGGCGGCACCGAGCGAUGGGAGCGCGUUCUCCAGCAUCCGUUCGAUCUCAUUGUGCGCGGCACGGUCAAAUACCAACUUCCACUGAGCGCGCGCUACAAUUCCGCGUCUAUCAGCUCGACUCGCCGGGUCAUUCCUGACGAGGACAGCGGUGACGUUGACGGACCGAUCAGUUACAAUUCAACCCACCUUGGCCUCUUAUCACCAUCACAAACCUCUUCUUCAGCGGGCAUUCCUGCGGCAACGUAUCCUGUCGCCGACUCGGGCCGUCUUUCCGACCACGCUUCUGAGACACAACGUCGACAGACUGCAUCGUGA